UAGUUUUAUGGUAUCUCUCUGUACAGGCUAUGGGCAAACUUAGGGGGCUGUUCCUGCUGAAUUGUGCUUAGUACAGGGGAAUCCCUAUGUGCCAUAGUUACUGUAUCGCUAUGGAGGGUCUGAGGAGGUCGGGCAGGCUGUUUCUAGUAUUGACAUGUUCCAUUACCAACCACCUACCUCCCUUGCUGACUUGCUAUAAGGGGUCCCUCUGUGACUGGGGGCUGUGACAGUAGAGGAUAAUGGAGUUUUGUGCAAGGCAGAAUCUUCUUGUUCCGUCAGUAUCACCUUAAAAUCCAGGGAUAUUUUUUCAUUACAUAUUUAAAGGGAAUAUUAAAUAAAAAAAAGCUUUGGCAGCCCCUAAAUUGGGGUUUUUCCCCUUUAAAUGAAUGAUUAGUGAUGGGACAAUCUGCAUUAUGUUCCGCGGCCCCCCAGACUGGGAUUGGCACCCCGGCCCCCGUAAGUGUACCCCAGUCUGUAACAUACACGGGCCCCUGGCUCCAACAUAUUCCAGUGCCAAAUCAAAGGCGGCGGUGCUGCUGGGUUCCCAUUGGGCAGUGAGGCAGGCAUCGGGGGCAAAUAACCCAGCUGGCACAGCCUACAUCCUUUUCUUUUACGAUUGGUCAAAACAUUUAUUUGAGAGUGAACUUCCCCUUUAAACAAGAGACUUCUGUGCAAAGUAGUGAGUUUGGGGGAAACGUUGGUUCCUGCCGUACAUCUCAGUAUUAAUGUCAUUAUUGCCCCUGUCGGCCCCCCAUCUGUUAGAGGCAGGGGGGCAGCAAUAAAUGUAGCCCCCCCCCCCACACACCUUUAUCUUGUAUUAAGCACAAUGAACUGGGGGUUCUGACCUAUGAAUGGGGCAGUUGUGUGUAACAUUGUAUCAUUAAACUGAAGAACCAAAGAGAAACCGUAUUGUGAGGCCUCAUUGCAUCUGUUUGCCCCCCCCCCCCGCGGGGGCCCCCCCGCUGCACUGUAUCAUCAUAGGGAUUCGCUUACCCCCAGACGCAUUCACUGCGGGGUAUAUAUUGCUCAGCAUUAUUAUAAUAGGGCCCUUAGCAACUGCCCCCUGCAGGGUUCUGGGAAUGCCCCUCCCAGGGGCAGAUUCAAGGUUGGUAGCGCCCCAGUAUCAGGGGGCAACACUGGCUGCCAACUUAUUGAUUCUGUAGCUGAUUGGUCAGUGCGACGACCAUAUAGGGACAUGGCCUGUAGCCAAACCCUCAGUGGCCAAAUUGGGCAAGAGAAGAUCCAGUAGAUCUACCCCCUGUGCCAGUCGGGCUUCUUUAUAGUAUUAUAUGAGCUGUGGCACCGCCUGUGCCCGGGCAGCCACUCAGGUUGGCAUAGGGCUAAACGGCUCAGGGUACAUAGCAGAUGAUGGAUAAGCUGUGUAGAAUCCCAUUGUGUUAUACGGAGCGGGUUCUUGGCCCCCAGAUACACCCAAAAGCCACCCCCACCCUCUGAACAGAUUUGCUUGUUACCCCCCCCCCCCCCCUGUGCUUAAGCAGAGGAGCCACAGGGGAUUGUGGGAGUUGUGGUACCCAAUGGGGCGGAGACAUAACUAUAUAUAGGGGGGGAGGGGGGACUGGUUGUUCUGGGCUCUCAAAAUAUUUCCCUUCGGGGGAAGGGGGGGCAGAAGGCCCCAGUCACUCAUAUUCCCCCCCCCCCUUACCAUCAGAAUAACUGCCCCCCGGAGGCAACACCCCGGUACCCUCUCUGAUUCCCGCUAGUCUCCUCCGUUGCUAUAGCGACCGCGCAUCUCUUCUUUGGUGGACGCGCCCCGCCUUGUUCUAUUCCCCUCCCCGUAUGGGCGUGGCCAUCCAUGGCCAAGGAACCCCGCCCACCGAGCCGUCCCCUCCCAAGUGGGUGUUCCUAUCUGCUCCCUUCCAGCCCGCAGCUUCCCUCCCCCAGAGGGCGUGUCCCCUAGCCCCUCCCACCAGCAGGCGGCUCGUACAGGCCGGUGUCAUGGAUGCGCUGCGAUCGGCGGGGAGAGCGAUCCUGAGGAGCCCGAGUAUCGGCCGGAACAGCCAGCGUCUGCCGCGGCACCACAGUGAGACCCGGGGGGAGCUGCCAGAGAACUGGACGGACACCAAGGAGACCCUGUUGGAGGGGGUGGUGUUCCAGCUGAAGUACCUGGGCAUGACUCUGGUGGAGAAACCCAAAGGAGAAGACAUGGCAGCGGCAGCUAUCCGCCGGAUCAUUGUCAUGGCCCGCAGCAGCGCCAAGAAGCUCCAGAAGGUGAUUGUAACCGUGACCCCCGGGGGGCUCUCCCUGCAGGAUGGGGAGACGAGUCAGCUGAUAGACAACGUGUCAAUAUACAGGAUCUCCUACUGUACCACGGAUAAAGUGCAGGACAAGGUGUUUGCCUACGUGGCCCAGAAUCAGGCCAGCGAGUCGCUGGAGUGCCAUGCCUUCCUCUGCCCCAAGAAGAAGCUGGCCCAGGCAGUGACUCUCACCGUGGCGCAGGCAUUUAAAGUGGCUCUGGACUUGUGGGAAUCUGCCCACGAAGGGAAGGAGCAGCCCUCCCCGUGUCGGAUGUCGGAGGCAGCUUCGCUAGGCGAGACCCCCGGGGCCCAGGCAGGUGGGGCAAAUGGCAGUUUUUGCCCCUCAGUCUCCUCACACACGCGGGAUGGGCGCCUUCUGCAGAUGGACUCUCAGGAGGAGGAGGAGGAGGAGGAGGAUGAUCUCAUUGCUUUGGAUGAAGCCUUCACCAGGCUGGCAGAGCCCUGGGCGCCAGUGACAUUGGGCCAAUCUCGGUACCCGGUGGGGCAGAAGGUUCCGGCCCAGAGCGGCCCCCAAUGGAAUUUACUUGAAUUGGAUCCUGUAGCUGUGACUGUGGUUCUUUAUCCAAUCGGAUGUCUUCUCCCUGUGAUUGGUUGUGUGUCAGCUCAGCGGUUGGUUGGCUCCUGUGACCCAACAUGAGGGGGAGGUGCUUGCUGAAGCUGGAACCAGCCGUUUAUAUUUGUACAUUGUAUUCGACAGAGCAGAGCUCUCACCUCCCAACCCCCCAGCGCUGAUGGGGAAUCACUAACGGGUCCUGGCCCUCCUCCAUUCCCCCUGUUGGGCCCUCCUCCAUUCCCCCUGUUGGGCCCUCCUCCAUUCCCCCUGUUGG